CAUUUUAAACAAACAGCCAUUGAACACCAAUGAGGUCAUGAAUUUACCGCCAGGCAAAGAGCUUCAACCACUUGUCAGUCCAGAACAAGCUCAGUCUGGGAAAAAAACAGUCACCCACUAACAAAUGUGAUGACUGAGUAAGAGGGACAGGGAGACAUUUGUUGUGGAUAUGUUCAGGCUUAAAGUGGAGCUUCAAGAAAAGGAACAUAGUAAACUCUUUUACGAUCUUUAGAAACAUUCUUAUAGUUCUCUUUUUGGACUGCUUUAUAUGGAUUCCUGCCUUGCUUCAUUCCUGCUAUCUGCCAGUUAAAGGCUGAGUAGUCGUUGGAGAGUUACAACACUGCACAGAGCUGGGAUUUUCUCAAACCAAAAGCUGAUCUCCAUCCACCAGUCUGGGGCUAAACGGAGCAGCUGAGCACCGUUAAGCACUGACUUAAAGUUCCCAGACAGCUGCUUUCCCCAUUCAGCUCUGUUACUACAGAAAUGCCUUGGGAACGCAAAAGGAUCCUCCUCUGUGUUUUGACGAUCCACGUCAUAUCACUGGUGGUAGGUGUAGAAGAACGGCAGAGAGAUGAUGAGUGUGCUGACCUCAACAACACCACAUGGCUGGAGUACCGGCAGCAGGUCAAGCUGCAGGUCCAGUACCUGCUACUGACCAGGAGAAACAUGGAUUGUGCACAGAUGUUCAACCAGGAAUCUCUCACCAAGACACAGCAGACCUCCUACUUCAACAUCUCCCGCCCGACCAAGGUCAUCAUCCAUGGGUACAGGGCCUUAGGCAGUAAGCCUUCCUGGGUGAAAGAGCUGGCGCAGGCCCUUCUCAGAGCCCAGGAUGUGAACGUGCUGGUGGUGGACUGGGUCUAUGGCGCCUCCUUCGCCUACAACCUGGUGGUGGAGAAUUAUAAGGAGGUGGCUCUGCAGAUCUCUGUCCUCAUCAACCAGCUGCAGGAACAUGGAUGCAAACUCGAGUCCUUCCAUUUCAUUGGGGUCAGUCUCGGGGCACAUGUUGCUGGUUUCGUGGGGACUCUUUUUGGAGGGAAGAUUGCAAGAAUCACAGGCCUUGACCCUGCUGGACCCAUGUUUAAAGGAGCUGACACCUUUGACCGACUUGACCCCUCUGACGCUCAAUUUGUUGAUGCCAUACACACAGACUCUGACUAUUUUGGCAUCUCCAUCCCUGUCGGUCAUGUGGACUUCUUUCUGAACGGAGGCAAGGACCAGACUGGAUGUGCUCGCUCCCGGUUUUCCUCAAUUCUUGUGUACUUUCCAGUGUACGGCUAUGUGAUAUGUGACCACAUGAGGGCGCUGCACGUCUACAUGAGCGCGCUGAACCGCUCGUGCCCAUUAACUGGCAUCCCGUGUUCCAGCUAUGAGAACUUCUUGAAGGGACGCUGUGUGGACUGUGACGUCUUCAAGGGGAGAUGUCCAGCUAUAGGUUUAUCAGAAAACAGCGGGAUAACCGUAUCACCGAUUCCCAAAGAGCAGAAGCUAUUCCUCCUUACAACUUCUUCGUCACCUUUUUGUGCUCAUCACAUCCUGCUGAAGCUGGAGGUUUCUGCCCUGGAUAAGAGCGCAGAGGUGGAAGUGAUACUGAGGACUGAGAACCUGGGAACAGAGAAGAGCCUCAGGCUUCAGACAGACAUAACAGUGUACAGGACGGUGUUGGCUCACCCUGUGGCCCUGUGUGAGAUCAACUCCAUCGAGCUGAGGAACACUGGAAGCUUCUACAGACAGGGAGACAUCCACGUCAAGUCUGUCUGUCUGUCCGAGUUCCCCUCUCUGAGGCGUGAGGAGCCGAUCUGUGUGAACAAUAUCCAUGUCAGACGAGGAGCUCCGUGGUCACAUGACCUUGUACAGGUGUGUGGCAUCUUCUGAGGAAAGAGAUCUCCUCAAAAGGACUCUGAAAAAAAUCCAUCCAGUAAAUACACAACAAAGUCACCCAGGGAUGUCUGCACUGUGUGGAGUCAGUUUCACAUUUUGAAAUACUUUGUUCAGGUUGUUCAAGAAAAAAUGAUCAGAGUUAAACCUCAGUAGGUGGAGCCAAAGAUCCCAGUUUUAUUCAGGAUGCUAAUAUUAUAAAGUCUGUCACCCAACUACUAACUGACAAGUGCAGACAAUGUCAUGUAGUCAUACUAAGGUCAUUUGCUAACCUGAUCUUCAAACAUCAUAACUGUCAUGAUCAUGAAACAGUGAAAAGAAAAGAUCAGUUGUACAUUUUUAUUUCUUAUUGCCAGAGUCUCGCCUUUCGUAAUCCCAGUUUCUGUGUUAUUCCGGCCUCUUAGCUUAUUUCUGCCUCUGAGAAGUGUUCAGAGAAUUAAAUUUUCUUCUAUGAUGUGGUUUUAGGAUGUUCUCGGUGACUAAUUUCAUGUAUCUCACAUGUAGUUUUAGUGUUGCUGAUUGGUGCUGAAUUCAGUUUGUCUGUUACAGCCGAGCAAUAAACUGGUGACCGUG